AUGGAAGUCAAGAAGUUCUCGAGGAGAAUUCGUAUUACAGAGCAUGACGAGCGUUCGUUGCGUUCGUGGUAUGAUAUGCGUUCAUGGCGUGAUAUCCAUUCGUGGCAUGAUAUGCCUUCGUGGCAUGAUAUGCCUUCGAGGCAUGAUAUGCGUUCUUGGCAUGAUAUGCCUUUGUGGCAUGAUAGUUUAUCAAAGGCAUGGGUCCAACGUCGGAGAAUCGAAGAGCAGGAUUUGUCCCCUUACCUGUAUAUGCUCAUGCUCCCUGUGUUUCGUGCUGCUCAACUUGACCCAGAUGUUACUCGGUAUGCUGGAGAAAAGAUCAUGGAAAAGGCUAUAGCUUGUCACGUGCUGUGUUUCUGUGUCGAUGAGUUGAUGGAAUCGCUUGCUCCCCAGAUUGGUCGGGUUGUUGAUACACUGGUUCCAUUUUUGAAAUGGAAUCAUGAUGCACCUGUUGCUGAUACACUUGUUGCUGAUGCACCAGUUGCUGAUGCACGUUAUUGUGCUAAAGCAAUUAGAAUAGCUGCUGCUUCAGCCAUGCCUGAGAUACUGUAUUCAGCUAGAUUAGUUGUAGAGAGCGACCCAACCGAAUAUCACAAUAAGCCAUAUGUCGAGAAGUUAUCUGAUAAGGUCAAACGUGCUUUAAAGGAAGCUUCAGAUGUGGAACCUGACAAGGGAGUUCGUUUAAAAAUGUUGAAUUCUUUGAAAAAAUGCAAGCAACAAUUAGGUUUUGUUCAAGAUUUCUUAUAA